UGGCAUCGCUGAACUCAUCGUCCCCUAGCAAACCCUCGGCCACACACGCCCACCCACAGCCGCCUCGUCCGCAGGCGAUCCCCGCAACACCUUCCCCUUCCUUCCUCCAAACCCUAGCACAGGCUCUCAUGUCCACCGCCGCGAACGCCCCCCGCCCCGUCUCCCUCUCCCUCUCCGGCGACGACUCCUCCCCGACGUCCUCCGGCGACGACUCCUCCCCGUCCUCCUCUUCCUCCGCCGCUGCCGCUGGUGGUGGUGCGGGCGCCGACGACCCCGCCCCCGUCGACCAAGUCGCCCCGGGCUCCGGCGGCUCCGCCGCCGCCGCCGGGGAUGGCGACGCCACGGACGUCCCCACCUCGCCGCGCAUUGGCAUGUUCUUCGAGACGGAGGAGGACGCGUACGAGUUCUACAAGGCGUACGCCGCGCGGCUCGGCUUCGUGGUCCGCAAGUCGAACAAGUCCAAGAACUCGCGGCACACCGUCACCCGCCGCCUGUUCGUCUGCUCCAAGCAGGGGUUCCGCCAGGAGCCCAAGAGGCCUCAGGACGAGGCCGCCGCCGCCGAUGCCGCCGCGUCGCCCCCGCCCCCGCGGUGCCCGGACUCGCGCACGGGGUGCCUGGCGUCGCUCACCAUUAAGCUCCUCCCUUCGGCCAACGCGUUCCGCGUCACCGACUUCGUCGCCGAGCACAACCACCCCCUCGCCUCCGCGGCGCCCGCCGUGUCGCUGGCCUUGCUGCCACCGAGCUCGUCGCACCACACCAUCGCGGCAGUGGCGAGCCUGCCGGACCCGAGGGACGGGCCGCGCACUGACAUGCACUUUGAGACCGAGGACGAUGCCUAUGCUUUCUACAACCGGUAUGCCGAGCAUGUGGGCUUCAGCGUCCGUCGCUCCUACAAGAAGCGCAAGCGUGGGGUGAUUGUGUCUCGGAUCUUUGUUUGUUCCCGUGAGGGAGUUAGUGACCGUGCCAAGCACGAGAGUGUAGCCAUUGUCAGCAACAAUGCUAGCACAGGGGCAUCAGGCACACAUAGACCAGGCCCGCCACCAACACGGACAGGGUGCCAGGCAAGAAUGGUGAUCAAGAUCACUCCAUGCCGGACAUACCGGGUCGCAAAGUUCUUCGCAGAGCAUAAUCAUCCACUUGCCAAUCCGGAUAGUGUGCAUAAGCUGCGGUCACACAAAAUGAGGGCUCGGGCACAUGAGCUUGGUGCAGGGGAACUGCAUCGCAGGAAGCAAGGAAAGGGUGUGCAACUUGGGGAUGUCGGGGCUGCACUGCAAUACUUGGAGGAACUGCAGGUAGGGAACCCUUCAGUGUAUUAUGCGGUAGGAAUGGGGCCUGAUGGGAAAUCAGCUGCAAAUUUCUUCUGGGCUGAUGCAAAUUCAAUGAUCGACUUCAGGAGCUUUGGUGAUGUUGUUUGCUUUGAUACAACAUAUGGGUUAAAUGGGUAUGGGAGGCCAUUUGCAUUGUUUGUUGGUGUGGACAACCACAAGCAGAUGCUUGUGUUUGGUGCAGCGCUGCUAUAUGAUGAGAGCAUUGAAUCAUUGAAAUGGGUAUUCAAGGCAUUUGCUGAUGCAAUGCGUGGUAGGCAGCCAGACACUAUUUUGAUUGAUGAGCGUCCUGAGUGUGCUAUUGCAGCAUCAGAGGUUUGGCCAAGAAGCAGCCAUUGCACAAGUGUGUGGCAUAUCUACCACAACUCAAAGAGGAACUUGAAGCAGGUAUUUGAAGGCUCAAAGAGUUUUGCCAAUGCUUUGAACCAUUGUCUCUUUGAAUGUGAUGAUGAGAUGGAAUUCUUGUCGGCAUGGGAAAAGCUAAUUGAGAAGCACGAUGUAGGUGAAAAUGAGUGGCUCAGUAAACUUUUUCUGGAGAAAGAAAAAUGGGCUUUGCCAUAUUGGAAAGCCUUGUUUUCUGCUGAUGUCCUCACCACUCUUAGGAAGGAUAAUAUGAUUAAUGAUAUUAAACGGGAGCUCAGUGAGCAAGAAGAUACUUUGCAAUUCUUAAGGCGCUAUGAGACCAUGCUGGAAGAGCAUCGGUCAAAGAAAUUGCAGGCAGAUGUUGAUGGCAGCCAGGUGACUUUGCCAAUCCCAUCCUUGCGAAUGCUAAAGCAAGCCUCAAGUGCAUACACGCCUGAAGCUUUCAAGAUGUUCCAGGGUGAGUUUGAGGCUUACAUGAAUUGCAUGUCCUUCCCAUGUGGUGGACUUGGCACAAUCUCCGAGUAUAAAAUAACGCUUGAUGAGAGACCAUCAGAGAGCAUUGUGAAAUUUGAUGCACUAGAUGGCUCAGCUACGUGCAGCUGCAGGAAGUUUGAAUCUGUUGGAAUUCAAUGCUGUCAUGUGCUAAAGGUACUUGAUCUCAAGAAUAUCAAGGAGCUCCCAGAACAAUAUAUUUUGAGGAGAUGGAGAAAAGACGCCCGCUCUAUUAGAAUGGGGGAAGAACCUUCUGGUGGAUCAAGUUGUAGCAUGCGUUCACCCUCAGAAGUCCGCUUCAAUAGUAUGUGUCGUUUUCUUAGCUUGAUAGCUUCAAGGGCUGCCAGAUCUGAGGAGGCAACGUCUUACAUCGAAAGUCAGUCAAGCGAUCUUCUGAAACAUCUAGAUGAUAUUUUACAAACAGGCUAUCCUGAUAUAGGAAAUCAUGCUCUUGCUUCAAGUAGUCAAGCAAUUUCUUUUGUGGGUAACCAACUUCCUGACCAUACGUCACAAGCAAGAGGAGUUCCACAGACUAAAAAUGGUUUGAUGGGGGUUUGACAAAGCAAUUGCAGUCUGGACAAUACUGGUUACUAUGGUACGCAGCUAUUUGCCAUCACCUUUUACAUGCCAGAAUUGUACAAUACUAUGUGGUAUGUAGCAAUUUUGUACACAACUUGAAUCAUAACUUGCCAUUAGAACUGUAUUAUUCUUUUUAAGCUAGUGAUCUAGUCCCAUUCUCUGAUGCCAUGUGUCCAAUUAAUAGUAAGUCUUGGUACUUCACUACUUCCCUAUUCUUAUAUAUAUGCAUCUAAUAGAGCAAAGUCAAGAAAAUGUUUUGAUAACAGCAUAAUACAGAUGUUAUUUGUGCUUAAUGUGUCCAACCACUCACAUAUGCCAUGUUACUGUAUAUGGGUUAUGGUGGUCAUAGUUGGCAUGUAGAGGACUGCUAUAUUAAUGUAAGCAUAGUUUAUGGUGAGUAAUUUGAUAAGUUUUUCCUUUUAAUUCAACAUAAUUGUCCAAAAAACUACAAUAACAAGAAAUAUUUUACUCUAUUAGUUUAAUAUUUUUUGUGCUUUCUGGCCUACCUCCUUCUGAUACAUUUGCUUGUCCCUUUACCUUUUGUUAUAAUUGGUUUAAACAUUGAAUUAACAUUGUUGCCUGUUUUCACUUCUGAAGCUACUGAAUGUUUUGGCUAUUACACUUUGAAUGUUAGAGCUAAUGUUAAGUUUCCAUGUGUCAGUUUCUUAUUGUUGGUGAAUCCAUUACUUGAUGAGUGCUUCUUUGUAAGUACCGAUAAUUUGCUUGUUUCUUAACUUUAGGACUGACAUCAUUGUGAGGGAUUUUCAGCGGGUGCUGAGUUUGUAAAAUCCAGCAGUCAAUUGGGAUUAACCAGAUGGUUCUUUGUAGUGUUAGUCAAAUGCAGGAGUAUGGCUAGGAUUUGUACAAUAGUUACCUGGCACCAUGUUGAUGUAAGCAAGUUUAUUCUGUAGAUCCCAUCUUUGUCAAAUCUACUUUGGUAGCUGUUCUGCUAAAUAUAACCAAUUCUGAUGUCUCUAUGCUUUAGCGUUUUGCCAUGGCCUUUUAUGGUUGUUCAAUUAUGUGGAUUAGAGAAAAUCAGUAGUGUAUUUUGAAGACUGUUGCCCUUCAAAGGUACAAGGAACAAUUUUCGUGUAACA